UUCAUUUCAGUCACGAGGUCGACAUUUUUUGGAGGAGAACAAACCUCAAACAAAAACUCGCAACAUAAUCGUUUCUUUUUUUAAAAAAAAUUGAUUGCUGUUCUGUGUUCGCUGCUGUUAAUUCCUUCCACAGAGAUACAUGCCCUUUAAUCGUAAAAGCCGAGGAUAUUCUCUCCUAGUUAUGAAUCUAUCAACACUGCCUGUAGGCUGAAUAGUGUCUAACAGAUCGGUGUAGUUGGAUUUUGAUGAGCUCUCCCAACUGGGUGAAUUCACAAUCAAACUUCUGCUUCAACUCUGCACAACUGGAGGCAACAGUUCAGAAAGUGGAAAGGCUGCAAGGUAGACUGAUCUUAUUUCAAGAGGGAUCUGUAUGUUUUUAAAACUAAAACUCCCUUUAAUGGCUCCAAGGUGGUUCUCCCGUGUAAAAUACCUGGUGAUGAAAUGGAAAUUCAUUUUAUUAUUCCUCACGAUCUUCGUCAUCAAUCCAGAAUUGGGCCUCGUUUUCUUCAGGUUUAUGGAAGGGCUUCUUCCCAUGGAUAUGUGCCAUUUGCCUAAGGGAUUUAAAUUAAAACCUGGAAACCAUGUGGACAAUGACCUGGAUUAUUGGAGCAGAACUGAUGUUCAGACCUGUACAAAAUGGAAAGCUCCGAUCCUUUGGGAUGGGACCUUCAAUCCCACGUAUUAUGAUGAAAUGUACAAGAAUCAAAAUAUUGUUAUUGGUCUCACAGUCUUUGCAGUUGGCAAAUACCUGGACCUGUACUUGGAGACUUUCCUGGUGUCGGCUGAUGAACAUUUCAUGCCAGGAUUCUCAGUCAUAUAUUAUGUAUUCGUAGAUGACUUGCUGAAGUUUGAAAGGUUGAAUCUACGACCGAGUGCCAGACGCAAGGUCAAGACCUUCCAGGUUAAAGUGCACAAGCGUUGGCAGGACAUUUCAAUGUCUCGCAUGGAGACUAUCAGCAAGCUCAUUGAGGAUCAUGUCCGGCACGAAGCCAGUCACGUAUUCUGCUUCGAUGUGGAUCAGCGAUUCCAAGGACGCUUCGGCACAGAGACACUCAGCGAGUCGGUGGCUGUCCUGCAUGCCUGGUACUACCGGAGGCCAAAGUUUUUGUACAGUUAUGACCACAACCCCCAAUCGGCAGCUUACCUGGGCACCAAGGGGGAUUUCUAUUACCAUGCCGCCGUGUUUGGUGGGACUUGGCAGAGCGUCAGGAACCUGACUGAAAGCUGCUCCCGGGGAAUCCUGCGGGACAAGCAGAAAAACGUGGAGGCCGUUUGGCAUGACGAGAGCCACCUCAACAAAUACUUCUGGCUGCAUAAACCCACUAAGGUCCUGUCACCAGAAUACUGCUGGGACCGCAAGAUCGGAUGGCGACGGGAUAUCCAUGUGGUCCGAAUGUUGUGGUCCGUAAAAGAGUACGACAUCAGUCGGCAAACAGACUGAAUGUUUGGAAAGGAGUUUCUGUUGAUUUUUUUAAAAUUGUGGAUGCCUUGAGAUCAGGGAAUGAUGAGAGAGGGCAGUGCAUUUGCCCUGUUCUCUCUCGCUCUCUCUCGCUCUCACUCUCUCUCUCUCUCUCUCAAACACGUACAGUAUGGGUUAGGUACAUGAUGUACUGGUCCCAAAAUAUGCCUUAACCUCGUGAUCGCAGGAGAUGGUUUAUUAUUUUAGCCAUUGUGACAUUUGCCCCUCCAGGCAAGAGCUGGGUCACCCGGGACACCUUAUGGGUCCGCUGACACUGCCCUACACCCUCGGCCUCAGCUGGUGGUCAGAUUGUCAUCCAUUCUUGGCUCUGACUUUACGCCUCCAAGGGUGAAAAGAUAUAGUGGAGAUAGAUGGCUGUUCUUCAGGAUUAUAGUACUGAAGGGGUACAUGAGCUGUUCAAGAUGAAGUUGAAAGGCAAGUUUAGAAAGUGUUUGGAACAAGAGGAAAGCUUACAUUAGAAUCAAUAGCCUGGGGACUCACUGAAGGGCUAAUAUCCAGCUACCACUUAUUUAAGGAGACUGUGCAUUCUAUGGAUAGUGAUUGACCUCUUACACAAUGACUGGCUGAUUUUGAGAGUAAACUAGCUGCUGUUAGGUAUAUUACUUUUACUGAUCGCUGUUUGAAACACAUUGAGAUGCUUCGAGCAAUCAAAAUGAAAGAGGACAAGGGCCUUUCAGCUGACUGUCGAAGUCAAGCUUCUUGAAAUCAACUACUUACCUGCGAACCUCUGUGCUACUGUACCCACUGUAGCAGCCGCAAGGUCCCACUGGCAUUGUGCACUCAAAAACUGAUCCAUAUAUCUUUUUAAAUUUUUAUUUUUUAACUUGCUUCUUAUUUCUCUGUGUACAUGUUUUGUGUUUUCAUUCCUUUUCACUUUUAAUGACUAAUAAACUCAUUCUUCCAUUAAAAAUAUUUACAAGGAUGUUGCUGGGGUUGGAGGAUUUGAGUUGUAGGGAGAGGCUGAAUGG